UUUUACUUGGAGAUCGAUAAAAGUUCUUCGAGCGAUCAUAUCUACGAUGAGCAUGAUCGGUUUGAUUAUGGUGCUUGCUGCAAUAAUAUGGGCAAUAAAACUUAGACGAGACGUCGGCGAUUAUCUUAAUCUCGCAGUGCCAGAUCACGACGAGCAGGUGAUGGACACCUCUGGCCAACUGUGAUAGUCGUCGCAGCUAUACCCUGUGCUCCUGUUUAUAUACUUGGACUGAAGGCUUAUCUUUGUCUUCCUCUUGCCACGUCAAAAUCUAAAUUCGAAGAGAACAACAGGAACGAAUCCAAUGACGAGGAAAAUUCAGAGGAUUCGGACAUUCUAGAUUCUGACGACGAUGAGGAUGACAAAAACAACGGACACGAAGCCAAUCGUAUAUUAUUCUUACACGCAGUCCUCUGUUUGAUAUCUGGAUGUCUCGUUGCUGCCAUCAACGUUGCCUGUUUUCUAAGAUCCAGUACCUUUCAACAAAAGAUCCGUGAUGAUAGUAUGAUCGAAGCUAUGGAAAAUUAUGCGAACGACGAUGGAGUUAGAUCAUGCGUCGAUGCCGUUCAAAUGGAAUUACAAUGUUGUGGAAGCGAAGAUUAUCGUGAUUGGUUCCGUGUCAAUUGGGUUAAAGAAUCAAUGGAAUAUUUUGACUAUGAGGAUUAUAAACGUCAUCAGGAGGGGCAAUCGACGAGAAACUAUGAAGACCAGAUAACGACCAUCAAAGAUGUACCAUUUUCUUGCUGUACCAACAAAAUCGUAAAAUCUUGUGGACAUCGAGAAAUCCUUCAAGCUAGUCAAGUUUGUAAUUUUGAUCAAAAUAAUGAAGAAACCAUUUGGAACGUUGGAUGUCGUUCGAUUAUCAUAACGCAUGCAAGAGUCAUCGGAUUCUUUUUAAUAUUUUUUUUAUUAUUUCUCUCGCUUUAUCAGUUUAUACUAAGCGCACUAUCACGUUUAGUACAAACUGCAUACAGCAAUGAAUUUUAUAUCGGCUCAGAGAAGAUCUAUUAUCGCGCUUGGAUAUUUAGUAAUAUAUCGAGCUCUCAUUCAAAGUGUUAUGCAAAUUUAUCGCAAGGAUCUGACGAAGAAACCCUAGAAACGCAAUCUCUCGUGAAAGAAACAUUGGAAUCGCCCAACUUUCGUUCUCAGCACAAAGUUAAUCAUUCGGGCGAAUGGAAACGCCAACAGGAACACGAAUUUGUAUUGACCCCGCGUGGAUCGGUACAGCUGAUACAGAUCGAUCGUCUUCGAAAAGCCAAAUCCAGUCCAGUUUUAUCGAAAAAUGGUACGAUCGAUGGAAGUCAAAAGAAAAGUAAAAUAAAGAUGUAUCGUUAUUUGCCACUUUCAACCGAGGAACACGAUAAAGAAAGAUCGCUGGAUGAUAAUAAAAUUUUCAUUGAAAAAAAUGAAAGACCUAUAAAAGCGAAUUUGAAAUCACGAGAAAAAUCAACGACUAGGACACCAAACGUAAUACUUGCACCUAUACCACCCCCAUUUCCUCCUCAAUCCGAGGAAUAUAAAGAGAAACGAAAUUUUCAUGAAAAAUCUAACAAAAAUGAAGAAUUUUUAAGCACGAAGCUUCGUUCUACGUUUCUUCGUUUCUCCACUACCGAUAAUACGAGAAAUAAAGUAGAUAAGGAGUUGACUUCGAAACCGAGCAAAUUAGAUCGAAAAAAAUUGUUGGAAAAGUUCGAAAGAAUUUUGAAUACCGAGGAAAGAAAUCGUAGAGAAUCCGGUGGAGCUGAUAUUCCAAGAUCUUGGGAACAGCUGGUCAAACGAAGCAUCAAUUCUACCGAAAAGAAAAUUCACGAAGAUCGAAUAAUUCAAAGUCCAAGAUUGAGUGAAAAGAGUAACGUUCUAUCAAGAUUUAAUCCAACCGAUGCUUACGAUCGAUUUCGUGGGACAUUACAAGACACUUUAUCAAGACGAGAGAAUCCCAAUUCCCAGUUUAAUAACGUUAAACGAUUCACGAGAUCUGAAAUAUGUGCCUGCUGUGCAAAACGUAAUAGAAACUUUAGCAAACCCUCAAAAUGCAAAGUUCAACAGACGUCAUACGGUUAUUCUAUUGAUCCUAAAGAAUUUAGAAUUGCUCAACGAAGAAACUUACUCCCAGAUAUUCCUUGUCCACCAACUCCACCGCCACCAGUAUCAUUAGCACCGCCAUUACCUCCAGCAACUCCACCUUUGCAUUCUCAUAUGUCACCUUGUUAUCCAAGACCAACUUUGAUCAGACAACAGCAACGAGAACAACGAAGACAACGGCAAUGCCAUCCAUGGAAUUUUCGAAGGAAUUUUAAUUGUAACCAUCAACAACCACCGUGGACCUUACCUACCUCAUUCGCACGUCCCUCAAACUUUAACGCAAAUUCGAUUAACAAUUGCAUACAUUGUCAAGGACAAAAUUUUCCUACGUCCAACAAGGGAUACUCGCCAUUCAAGAAUGAUACGUUUAGAAAGUAUCGUCGUUUUAUGGAUUGAAUAAAAAUUAUGAAUCC